AGGACAACGUCACCCAUACUCUGUGUUUAAUAAGAAAAGUCAAUCUUUGAGUGGUAAUUGAAUGGUUUUAGAGAAUUACUCCAAAUUCAUCAUGAUUGAAGACAAUAAGGAGAACAAAGACCAUUCCUUAGAAAGGGGAAGAGCAAGUCUCAUUUUUUCCUUAAAGAAUGAAGUUGGAGGACUUAUAAAAGCCCUGAAAAUAUUUCAGGAGAAGCAUGUGAAUCUGUUACAUAUCGAGUCCCGAAAAUCAAAAAGAAGAAACUCAGAAUUUGAGAUUUUUGUUGACUGUGACAUCAACAGAGAACAAUUGAAUGAUAUUUUUCAACUGCUAAAGUCUCAUGACAAUGUUCUCUCUGUGAAUCCACCAGAUAAUUUUACUGUGAAGGAAGAUGGUAUGGAAACUGUUCCUUGGUUUCCAAAGAAGAUUUCUGACCUGGACUGUUGUGCCAACAGAGUUCUGAUGUAUGGAUCUGAACUAGAUGCAGACCAUCCUGGCUUCAAAGACAAUGUCUACCGUAAACGUCGAAAGUAUUUUGCGGACUUGGCUAUGAACUAUAAACAUGGAGACCCCAUUCCGAAGGUUGAGUUCACUGAAGAGGAGAUUAAGACCUGGGGAACCGUAUUCCAAGAGCUCAACAAACUCUACCCAACCCAUGCUUGCAGAGAGUAUCUCAAAAACUUGCCUUUGCUUUCUAAACAUUGUGGAUAUCGGGAGGAUAAUAUCCCACAAUUGGAAGAUGUUUCAAACUUUUUAAAAGAGCGUACAGGUUUUUCCAUCCGUCCUGUGGCUGGUUACUUAUCACCAAGAGAUUUCUUAUCAGGUUUAGCCUUUCGAGUUUUUCACUGCACUCAAUAUGUUAGACACAGUUCAGAUCCCUUCUAUACCCCAGAGCCAGAUACCUGCCAUGAACUCUUAGGUCAUGUCCCGCUUUUGGCUGAACCUAGUUUUGCCCAAUUCUCCCAAGAAAUUGGCUUGGCUUCUCUUGGCGCUUCAGAGGAGGCUGUUCAAAAACUGGCAACGUGCUACUUUUUCACUGUGGAGUUUGGUCUGUGUAAACAAGAUGGACAGCUAAGAGUCUUUGGUGCUGGCUUACUUUCUUCUAUCAGUGAACUCAAACAUGCACUUUCUGGACAUGCCAAAGUAAAGCCCUUUGAUCCCAAGAUUACCUGCAAACAGGAAUGUCUAAUCACAACUUUUCAGGAUGUCUACUUUGUAUCUGAAAGCUUUGAAGAUGCAAAGGAGAAGAUGAGAGAAUUUACCAAAACAAUUAAGCGUCCAUUUGGAGUGAAGUAUAAUCCAUAUACACGGAGUAUUCAGAUCCUGAAAGACACCAAGAGCAUAACCAGUGCCAUGAAUGAGCUGCAGCAUGAUCUCGAUGUUGUCAGUGAUGCCCUUGCUAAGGUCAGCAGGAAGCCAAGUAUCUAACAGUAGCCAGUCAUCCGGGAACAUUUGAGCAUCAACUCGGAGGCCUCUGGGUCAUCUCUUGCUUUUCUUGAAAACCUGAUCUUGGAGGGACAGCAUCUUCUGGCCAAACAAUAUUAUCGAACCCCACUCCUUAAUGAAUCGCUGGUCUUUGAAAAUUUGUACCUGGAUAUUCUAUUUACCACUUAUUUUUUUUGUUUAGUUUUAUUUGUUUUUUUUUUUUUGUGAUAACAGCUUUAGUGAGACAAUUUAUAUACCAAACAAGCCAUACAAGCCACUGACCACCCAUUUUUAAUAGAGAAGUUGUUUGACUGAAUAAAUAGAUCUAAUCUCAGCCUAACUCUAUUUUCCCCAAUCAUCCUUGAGUAAAAUGACCCUUUAUGAUCGCUUAGAAUACCUUGAGGAGUAUUAUGGCGCUGACUCAUAUUGUUACCUGAGAUUCCCUUAUUUCUAAAGUAUCUGUUACUUAUUGCUGAAUUUGUGCCAAGCUCAAUCACAUUCACACUAAAAUUUAACAGGAGACCCAGCUGUCUUUGUUGCCAGCAUGAGCAAAAGUAUAGAGGCCUUUGCACAUGGAGGAUACCUAGUAAAGAGCAAGUAGU